UUCCGUACGAUCAAAGACCACGCCCCUCCUUCUUGGAAGUACAGUACAGUCAAAGAUACUAGACUUUAGGAUUGCGUUCCGACGAAUCCCCGGCAGUCGGACCUCUUGCAGUUUUAACUGUCUGUUUGGUCUAUCUGCUCACGCUGUAAAGAUGGUUCAUUAGCUUACGAUCAUGAUAUGGCCGCUGAUUUUCACUGUUAAGUACAACCAUUAUGCCUCUAGUAAGCCUAGCCUACACACCAGUACACAUACAAGCAGUGAUAAGUGAAUAAUGAAUGACAUAUCAUUUAAAAUCAAGCACUGCUGGGAUGGUACACCGGUUUCCCAUGAUGCAGUGCAAAUACGUCUAUCAGUUGGUGCCGAAAGUCCAGACAGUUUGCAGUUGACGGUGAAAGCACCAUUCUUCAAUGAUCCUGCACCCCCUGGUUUCAAAGUGGGAGGGGCCCAGGAACAGCUGUGGGAUUAUGAAGUUGUUGAAGCAUUUAUUCUGGGUGAAAAGGAUCGAUAUUUGGAGGUUGAACUAAGCCCGCAUGGAUGUUAUUUGGUUCUGAUGUUGAAUGGGUGUCACAGCUUAUGGAAGGACAAGCUACCCCUGACUUUUUCGUCUGAGAUACACAGCAACAACACAUGGACAGGCCAGGCCUUUAUUCCAUUAACCUACAUACCUCCAGGCCCUCAUAAAUUCAAUGCUUUCGCUAUCCAUGGUGUCGGGAGUACCUACGAGGCUCUGUAUCCAGCUCCACCGGGAAUGUACGACACACCUGAUUUCCACAGACUCCAUCUAUUCCAAGAUCUUCCUCAAGAUUUUCUACCUCAUGAACACAUAGCAUCUGAAUGGUCAUCUUUAUUUACAUCACUAUAGCAACAAGUUUGUGUUAUAUCGAAACAAACCAAUCACAGGAGACAGUACUAAUUAAAGAACAUAAUAUAUUGUAUUACAAUGGUUUUAUUGGUCAAGCCACUGCAGUACUCUGUGCAAGGCAGUGCAUGUAGUUGUAUAAUAUUGUAGUAAAAAUAUAUAAAAAACAGAAUAUAAAUUUGAUAUUUUAAUAGUACAAACCAAUUACAGGGGACAGUGCUGUACUAAUUCAUGCAAUAUACUGUACUACUGAAUAUUGCAAUUGUUUUUAUUGGUCAAGCCAUUGCAGUACUACGUUUGUGUAAGCCAUUACAUGUAGUUGUAUAAUAGUAAAAAUACACAAAAACAGUAUAAAAAAUUUGACAUUUUAUUUUUAAUAGGCCUACAUAUUAUUACAUCAUGCAUAAAAUAAAGAGCACUUAGUUUUAGGUAAAAAUGUGAU